AUGGCGACUUCUUUCGCACCAUUAUCCAUUUCAGUUGGUGGAUCUCAUCUCAAGUCAUCUGAGCUGUUUUCAGCAAAGCGUAAUUCAUCUCUGGUUGGACCUAAGCUUGCUGUUCAAAGGAAAUCAAACAUUGUGAGCAGAAGGACCCUCACUUCACCCAUUCGUGCAGAAUACCGUGAUAACAGAGAAGGUGGAGGCGGGGAAUUGAUUGCUGGCUUUCUUCUGGGUGGUGCUAUUUUUGGAACCCUAGCUUAUGUUUUUGCUCCCCAGAUCAGAAGAUCUUUGCUAGAUGAAAAUGAAUAUGGGUUUCGGAGGGCCAGAAAACCAAUAUAUUAUGACGAAGGGCUAGAGCAGGGGACCAAGGAGACCUUGAAUGAAAAAAUAGGCCAACUAAACUCUGCCAUUGAAAAUAUAUCUUCACGUCUGAGAGGCAACAAGAAGAAAGUACCUGCUGCUGUCCCUAAAGAAAGUGAUCCUGAAGCUGAAUUUACUGUGUGA